AGUCUUUUUUCGUCUGUCAAAUAGUGAAAAUAUACAAAAGGCCAGAAACUCUUCUAUCUACAAUUUUUCAUAUUCAUCGUUGAGAAUCAAGAAACAACAAAAAAUUAAUAGAUUUUUAACAAUAACUUUAGUUUGGAACUGCGCACAAUAAAAACGCAUUUAAUAAGGAAACACAAAAUAUCGCUUUUAUUUUUAUGUUUUGUUUUACUUUAUUGAUAUAAGUUCCUUUGUUUGGCAAUUUAUUUAACUUACAAAAUAAAAGUUGAAAUAAUUCAAUAAAAAGAAUUCUACUGUUUCACUCUCGACUCUCCUCUCGGUCGGUUUCGCGAAGUUGUUUGUGGAAUUUAGGUCAAAACAAAAGAAAAGUAGUAGAAAAUUGUUGGACAAAUAGAUAAAAAAAAGAAGGAAAAAAUUGUUGGUCAAGUGGAAAGGUAGAAGAAAUCCAUUAUCACAGAACAAAGAAGGUACAUCUUAAGGGUAAUUCCACGAGUUCUCGGUUCCAAGGAUGCAAAGUUAUACCGAUGCUCUAAACGUUAAGGGUUCCAGAAGUUUUGCAUUCGACGUCGACAUGGAAAUGGAUAUGGAGCACAGUGAAACCAAGUCCAAGUCAGGCAGUGAAAAUGAUGUAUCAAAUGUGGUUCUAGUUUCACGCCCCGAAGAAGUAUCCGAUGAUGCUUUGCCAAAUGAAAUUUCCGCCCCCUAUGAGGUGCCACAAUUCCCCAUCGAGCAAAUUGAAAAGAAAUUACAAAUUCAACGGCUUCUCAAUGUCAAAGGAAAAAGUGGAUUGUCUGUUAUAGCCGACACAGUUGACGAUCGCUUGCCCAUAGAUGAACAUGACUUUGUGCCCAAUUUUCAGCGAGUUUCAAUCUCUGGCGAAGACACCAGUGGUGUGCCCUUGGAAGAUUUGGAACGUGCAUCAACACUUUUGAUACAAGCAUUGGAACUUCGAGCACGCUAUAUGUCACAAUCUGAGCAGUCAUUUCCGACGACAACAUCUCGUUUCUUGAAAACUGUUCACGAACGCGAUCGUUUCAACCACAUUGAAUACGAGGAUCGUAAAACCAUCGCAGAACUUAUUCGAAAGAUCAGUCUGCCCAACCUAUUGAAAGGUAAUUCGUUUAUCGAAGAAAUGUCAAGCGAAUUCUUAGCGAGAGAUCAUCCUAUACAUCCACCAACAGAGACCGCAAAUCCUUGGGAUAUUGAGUUUCCUGCUAACAAAGGAUACACCAUUAAAGCAGUUGACGGUGUUUUUAAUCUUUUCCAAGAUGAAGAGUGUACUUCUAUUGUUAAAUACGAGUACCCAAAACUUAAGGAUUUUGUAAAUGACAUGCAAGUCAUGUGCAACAUGAUCGCUGAUGGUCCUUUAAAAUCUUUUUGCUACCGACGUUUAAGUUAUUUAUCGUCAAAGUUUCAGUUGCAUGUGCUUUUGAAUGAAUUGCGUGAACUGGCAUCUCAAAAAACAACAGCUCACAGAGAUUUCUACAAUAUAAGAAAAGUUGACACUCACAUCCACGCAGCAUCGUGUAUGAAUCAAAAACACCUUUUACGUUUUAUUAAGAGAGCCAUCAAAAAGAGUGCUAAUGAAGUCGUUACAAUAACCAAAGGCCAACCAAUGACCCUGGCACAAGUAUUUCAAUCAAUGAAUCUAACAACAUACGAUCUUACCGUAGACAUGCUGGACGUGCAUGCCGAUCGUAAUACCUUUCAUCGAUUUGAUAAAUUCAAUGCCAAAUAUAAUCCCAUUGGUGAAUCCCGUUUACGUGAAGUUUUUCUAAAGACCGACAAUUAUUUGAAUGGAAAAUAUUUUGCACAAAUAAUUAAGGAAGUGGCAUUUGAUUUAGAAGAAUCAAAAUAUCAAAAUGCUGAACUGCGUCUCUCAAUCUAUGGUAAAUCUCGUGAUGAGUGGAUUAAAUUAGCCAAAUGGGCAAUCGACAAUAAUGUUUAUUCAACAAAUAUUCGUUGGCUUAUUCAAAUGCCACGUUUGUUCGAUAUCUUCAAGACAAAUAAGUUGGUAAAUGCAUUCCAGGAAAUUCUAGACAAUAUAUUUUUACCCCUAUUCGAAGCCACCAAUGAUCCCAGCAGUCAUCCAGAGCUACAUCGCUUCUUGCAAUAUGUCAUUGGAUUCGAUUCCGUGGAUGAUGAAUCUAAACCAGAGAAUCCACUAUUCGACGGAGAUAUUGCAACACCACCGAAUUGGACCGAUGUAGACAACCCACCGUAUGCAUACUACAUCUACUACAUGUAUGCCAACAUAAGUGUUCUAAAUCAGUUCAGAAAGGAACGUGGAUUAAACACAUUCGUUCUUCGGCCACAUUGUGGAGAAGCUGGACCUGUACAGCAUUUAGUGUGUGGCUACUUGAUGGCUGAAAAUAUCUCUCACGGUUUGCUUCUUAGGAAGGUUCCGGUUCUUCAGUAUCUCUAUUAUUUGGCACAGAUCGGAAUUGCCAUGUCUCCGCUGUCAAAUAAUUCUCUUUUCUUGGACUAUCAUAGAAAUCCUCUGCCAGAGUAUUUAGCUCGUGGUCUAGUCGUAUCGGUUUCUACAGAUGAUCCAUUGCAGUUCCACUUUACAAAGGAACCCUUAAUGGAAGAAUACAGCAUUGCUGCUCAGGUGUGGAAACUUAGCUCGUGUGAUAUGUGUGAACUUGCUAGGAACAGUGUUCUUAUGAGUGGAUUUCCACACAGGAUUAAGCAACAUUGGCUUGGACCAAAUUACACUCGUGAAGGCGUUGCUGGCAAUGACAUAACUCGUACCAAUGUGCCAGAUAUCCGUGUGGCUUAUCGUUCUGAGACCCUUCUAGAUGAAUUAUCAAAUAUUUUCAAGGUACAUGAAGCUCCUUUAGCAGCCAUAAAUUAAUUAAAUUUAAAAAUAACAAUACAUACCUAAUAUUAUAUAAUGUUCCAAAUAGACCAAAAGAGAGACCAUUAUUGUCCACUCGUGAUGUUAAUCUUUUAUAAAAUUUAUUGUUUUUAUGAUUUAUUUUGUUAUAUAAUAAACUUUUUUUAUGUUCUAACGCGUUUAAACUACAAAUAAUUAUUUAUAUUCCUUCUCCAACAAUAAUAAUGUAUUAAAUUUGGAUAUUUAUCAAAGCAAAACUAUACAAGAAAAAAACAAUAAAUAGAUUGAAAUAAUUAGCUGAACUUUUACAUGCAGAUAUUUACAUGUAAAAUUGUUAAAAUUGAAGAAAAAUAAUGAUAUACUAUAUACUAAGCAAAAAAUAAAACAAAUCGAUUUUUAUGUAUAACCACUUUUGAAAAGAUAUAAUUAUUAUAAACAAAAAAUGAAUUUAUUAAUGCAUACUAAAUAAAAAUGUUUUAAUUUAAAAGGAAA